AGCCAAUGGUUGAGCCACCUUGGCUAUCGACGCAUUAGAUUUUUUACUCUACCAAUUCUGCAAUACUCUCCUCUCUCUCUCUCUCUCUCUCUCCGAACCACCGCCGAUCAGCCCAUUCCGUAUUCCUCCGCCGCAGCGCUGCCGCUCUCGCUCAACCGGCCAAACAUGGCGACCGCUUCAGUUGCAUUUAAAUCGAGGGAGGACCAUAGGAAGCAAAUUGAAUUAGAAGAAGCACGUAAAGCUGGGCUUGCACCAGCUGAGGUUGAUGAGGAUGGAAAGGAGAUCAAUCCUCAUAUUCCGCAGUAUAUGUCAUCUGCACCUUGGUAUCUCAAUGCUGAGAGACCUAGUUUAAAACAUCAAAGGAAGUGGAAAUCAGAUCCUAAUUAUACAAAAUCAUGGUAUGACAGAGGUGCCAAAAUUUACCAGGCUGACAAAUACAGGAAGGGUGCAUGUGAAAACUGUGGAGCUAUGACUCACGAUUCAAAGGCAUGUAUGGAAAGGCCCCGUAAAGUAGGAGCAAAGUGGACAAGCAAACACAUUUCACCUGAUGAAAAAAUAGAGACCUUUGAGCUUGACUAUGAUGGCAAGCGGGACCGAUGGAAUGGCUAUGAUGCAUCUACCUAUUCCCGUGUCAUUGAGAGAUAUGAAGCAAGAGAUGAAGCUCGAAGGAAAUUCCUGAAGGACCAGCAGCUUAAGAAACUUGAGGAAAAAAACAAUAACCAAAAUGGUGAAGAUGGUGAAGCUGGUGAAGCUGGAAUCAGCGAUGAGGAUGAUGAUGAAGAUGAUCUAAGGGUAGAUGAGGCCAAGGUUGAUGAGAGCAAACAAAUGGACUUUGCAAAGGUUGAAAAGCGUGUGCGUACAACAGGUGGUGGAAGCACAGGAACUGUCAGGAACUUGCGUAUUCGGGAGGACACCGCAAAAUAUCUGUUGAAUCUUGAUGUCAACUCUGCACAUUAUGAUCCCAAAACCCGGUCCAUGCGUGAAGAUCCUCUCCCAGAUGCAGAUCCAAAUGAGAAGUUCUACGGGGGAGAUAAUCAAUAUAGGAAUAGUGGUGAAGCUUUGGAGUUUAAGCAGCUUAACAUUCAUUCAUGGGAAGCAUUUGAUAAGGGACAAGACAUGCACAUGCAAGCAGCUCCAUCCCAAGCUGAGUUGCUUUAUAAAAAUUAUAAGGUCAUUAAGGAGAAGCUGAAGUCCCAAACAAAAGAUGACAUCUUGGAGAAGUAUGGAAACGCAGCUACUGAAGGAGAACUUCCAAGGGAGCUUCUACUAGGACAGACUGAAAGAGAAGUCGAAUAUGAUCGUGCCGGCAGAAUCAUAAAGGGGCAGGAGAAGGCACUUCCCAGAAGCAAGUAUGAAGAAGAUGUUUAUAUUAACAACCACACAAGUGUAUGGGGUUCAUGGUGGAAGGAUCACCAAUGGGGCUACAAGUGCUGCAAGCAGAUAAUCCGGAACAGCUAUUGCACUGGUGCUGCUGGAAUAGAGGCUGCUGAGGCUGCAACAGAUCUUAUGAAGGCUAAUAUUGCUCGGAAAGAAGCUACUGAAGAGACGCCUACGCUACUGGAGGAGAAAAGGGUGGCUACUUGGGGAACAGAAAUCCCAGAUGACUUGGUUUUGGAUGAGAAGUUACUUGCAGAAGCACUUAAAAAGGAGGAUCAAAGAAAGAGAGAAGAGAAAGAUGAGAGAAAGCGCAAAUAUAAUGUUACAUGGAAUGAUGAGGUUACACCUGAGCAAAUGGAGGCUUACAGGAUGAAGAGAUUCCAGCGUGAUGAUCCAAUGAAUAACUUCCCACAGCACUAGGUUUAGAUCUACAAUAAAAUGGGUGAUGGAGCUUCUAUGUUACAAAGCCUUGAAGCUCUCUUUCUGCUGCAAGCAGAAUUACAUGCCAGCUGUGUUAUAAUGCAGUUUCACCAGCUGGGUUCCUGCACCUGUUGCACGGUUGUAUUACAUACUGAAUAGAGCUAUUCUCUCUGAUUGGUCUGUCAAAUCAUGAGAGGUGUGGUGGAAUGCUGACAUGCAUUUGUUUAUUUGAAUAGUGCUUAUAUGUUACUUCAAUUCCAUGUGGAGAAUAUUCGUAGCUAGAAAAUGCCAUCCUUUAGAUGUGUUUACUAUCCACCAGUGAUGAAUUCCUUUCCUUGUAAUGUGCCAGUCUAUAAAGUUUUCACCAUCAUAAUGUGAUUAUCUUGUUGAAGUACCUCCACUAGAAACAAAUAAAUUUUUUGAUUGUAUAGUA